ACACAAAACAGGACACAGAAGAGACUAAAAGCUUUCAAAAUAUAGAGAUAAUGGUCAAGAUGACAACAGGGGCCCAGAGAGCUUCAGACAAAUCACAAAGAGACUUGAAAUAACCAUCAAAAGGCAAAAAUAGCCAAGAAUAAAAAUGAAAUGAGCAACAAUGGACAAUAGACAAAAAUAAAAAAUAAAUAAAAAAUGAGCAAGAAAUGAAUUAAAAAGACGAGAAAUUAACGUCAGAAAUAGACUUCAAAUAAACAAAAAGACACCAAACAACCAAAAAGCAUCAAGAAAUACAAUAGAAAUUGGUCAAAAACUGGUCAAAAUGAAAAAUAAACCAGUGAAAAUGGAACAAAAAAGACGAAAUCAGACUAAAAAGCUGUCAGGGCUUGAGCAAUGAGCAAAAAGAGACCAAAAAAAAUGACCAGAACAACUAAACAAACAAUGACAACAGAUGCUCAACAUAACAAAACAACCAUAAAAUGACAGUAAAUGACCACAAAGAGACGACAAACAACCAUGAAUAAACUUAAUGAGGCGAUAUCACGACUAAAUACAGUCAAUAGACUUAAAAUGGGCAAAAAAGACAAUAAACGAAAAUAAAGUAUCAAGAACACAUGAAAACUGACAAAAAAUAGACUAAAAAGACAAACAAAAAUCAACCAUAAAUAGAUGUGAAAUGACAAUAAAAUGUUAAAUAAUGAAAUAAAGAUGCUGAAAAAUGUAAAAAAUGACUUGAAAUGAUCAAAAAUUGACAAACAAUUUAAGCAAAUUGACUGGAAAGAGAUUUGACAGAAGUUUACGAUCACAGUGGCACAACCACCACAGAGAGGCUUAAUAUAACCACAAAUAGACUUUAACUGACCAUAAAACCACUAAAAAUGGAAACAAGUGUGCAACUUAAUCCUGUUGUGGCUCAUAAACCAGACUGAGGUGCAUUUGUUUUGAGGAAAAGUGUAGCGAUAACAGCUUCUACCUGCUUCCAGUCUACGCCUCCUGACCCACUUCUGCUCUGCAAAUGAAACAUCCUCUGGUCUGACUCUGUGGGAGACAGCAAACAAACAUAUCUGAGCCACUUUCAAAUGCAUGUUGUUGCAGAAGAAAAAAAAAAAUGCAAUACGCCAGUCAUGAGUUUGUCAAUCACUGACCAGAGAUAAGAGAUUUGGGGCAGCAGGAGGAUGAAGAAGAGGGGUCAGAAUAUUGUUUAUACGAAUGCGGCACACCAUGUACCAACCAACCAAACAGAGCCACUGUACAGAGAGGCACAGAUUUGCUGGAGGGGCUGAGGAGGUCCUGCAGUAUAUAUCUGAAGUGUUGUUGGGUGACUCUGUUGCUCUGAUGGAGACCUACAGCGCCGACUACCCACCUCGAUUUACAAGAGGCCGUGUGAAACAUGCAUGUGGUCCGACCGCCCCCAGAUAUCACCGCUCGGACGUGGAGAACAUGGCCGAGGAGCGUAUCAAGUAUGGGAGGACGGUCAGCGAGUCUCUGCAGGCGGCCGAUCAGGAGCAACAGGAGCUGAUGGGAAGGAGGAAACCGGUGUUAGUCAGGUCAAAGACCUUCGAUCACUCUCUGCUGACUCAGACCGACUCGGACUCAAAGACAGAGAGGAAAAAGUCUCAGUACAGCCAGCUUUCGAAGAGCAACUGCCACUACCAUAAAAUAUUCAAGGAGAUCAGCAAAGAGGAGCAGCUCAGGCAGAGUUACACCUGCGCUCUGCAGAAAGACAUCCUCUACCAGGGACGGAUGUUCGUCUCCGAUCACUGGAUCUGCUUCCACUCCAAGGUGUUUGGCAAAGACACUAAGAUCGCCAUCCCUGUGGUGUCCGUCACAAACAUCAAGAAGACCAAGACCGCCAUCCUGGUGCCAAACGCUCUGGUGAUCGCCACGUCGAACGACAGGUACGUGUUCGUGUCCUUCCUGUCCAGAGACAACACCUACAAGUUCCUGAUGUCAGUGUGUCUUCAUCUGGAGGAGAAGAGUCCGUGCAGCAGCCCCAUCCCGUCCUCAGUUGAAAACAGCUUCAGAAGUCAGAGGUCACCGCUGUCACCUCGCUUUCCUCUGAGUGAGUUCAGUGACCUGGACGGAGCCGUGAGGCAGAGGAGGCAGGAGAUGGAGGAGAGCAGCAGCUCCGACUCUCAGGUCCCAGAGUAUGAGAAGAUCACAGAGUUUCCGGUCCCUCCCUUCCUGGACGUGUUGAAGCACACAAACUGUGCAUCUACUUCUGAAAACCCAGACCAGCAGCACAGAGUGAAAAACCAGCAGAGCUCAGACAGCAAGCAGCACAGCACACACCACACCGGCUCAGAACUGGUGAUCGACAGCAGGAACCUGAAACAUGUUUCUCUCAACACUCUUCUGUUCAUCUACGUGUUUCUAGUGUGUGUGUUGGUUCUCUCUUCCUGUUACCUGGCCUUUAAGAUCAUCUCACUGGAGCAAAGACUGACGACACUCGGAGCUGAGCUCACCCACCAGGAAGGCGACUUCCUGAGUGGAGGUCCUGAUGUCAACACGGAGCUUUUCUCUGAACUCAUCACCAUCAACCUGAUGAAACUGGAGAAGGUGCAGAAGAACCUGCAGAGACUACUGGAGGAAGCUGCCUGAACGUUCCUGUUCCUGUCAACGUUCCUGUAAAUAUGUUGUUUAUUAGAUAUUAGAGUUGAAGCCGGCCCGAGUCAUUUCAGCGCCCUAGGCAGUUACGGUGUGGCGCCCCCAACCCCAUCAAUAAGGUACUGCACAAAAUAUAUUGAUGAAAAGUGUAGACAGAAUUGAUAGACAUAUAGUGCACAAAAAUAACUAUAUUAGAGUGUACACAUCAGUGGUUCCCAACCUGGGGUCUGCGCCAGAGAUCACUGCUUCCAAAAUAAAAAAAAAAAACCUGCUAAACACAUUUUAAUGUCCAGCAAAUGGUGACAAUAUAACAAACUCCACCAGCCAGUGUCUGGACGCUGGUUAAACUGAGCCGAGCACAGAGAUGCAACAACUAACCUUUCAUGAAUAUGCCCUCAGAUAAGUUGUAAUGGAUGCACGAUGCCCUUAGCAUUUGCCUAUACCCCCUAUUUUUAGGGCUGGCUCUAAUUAGAUCAGGCUGAUACUUCUAUCGGUCUAAAGCCUUUAGUCGUUUCAUUUUUACCUUUGUAUGAAUGUGUGAAAGUCCAUGAUGAAUGUGAGCAUUGUGUCACAUUUUCUUGGUUUAUUUAAUUGCAUUGUUUAUUGCUUCCUGCAAGAAGUUCAAUCCAAACUCAUUUCAAAGACUAAAAAAAUGUUAAAAUCUUCCUGUAAACGGGGAAUAAGAUUAAGAUUCUCAGCACUUGAGUCGUAUUUAUUGUCACAUUCUGAAAAUAAAUGGUUUAAAUGAACAUAUAUUAAUGUUCAGUACAUGAGUGAACACAGCAAAUAAGAUUAUUUCUUCUAGCAACUUUAAACUUUAUGUUUUCCUCUUUAUUAAAGAAAAAUAGAAGUGUUGUUCCCAGUUUGACCACAGGAGGGCGACAAAAACUUUGACACUGCUAUUUUUCAAAUGCAAAACAUUUCCAAUUUAAUUAUAUGUGUGUUAUUGUAUUGGUGUGUGAAAACAUCAUGAUGAUAAUUGUGGUUCAUUUACUUUCUAGUUCACAGGCUGUUACAGAGAUGAGAAUCACUGUGAUGUGGUAAAUAUUAAAUAAAUAUAUAUAAAUAGAUUCACUGAUCUGAUUUUAUUUUGGAGAAUAAAGUUCUAUUUUGAAAUAAACUUUUGACUUUUACUUUG